UUUCCAGCUGUUUUUUCGCAGGAGCCUCUCCGAGCCAGACAACCCCCCUAAGAUAUAUUAAAGUGCGCUGUCUGCAUUCAGAGAUAUAAUCCAGAGACUAUACCACUCCGCUCUCUUUUCCUCGACCACGUGAUUGUCUAAAUAAUUAAUGCAGCACGUCCCCCUAGAAACACGGCGUCGUCAUUAAUCGCAAGGACUCUAUCAGACUUGAAAACUGAAGAGAUCCCCCAAGAAAAAUAAUAUCCGAUACCGGGCUCAACCGUAUAGCCUCGCACUUUAGCGACACAUCCGAACCGAUGGAUGCUUGGGUCGAGGAGGCAGCAGUGAUGAAUGCGUGAGGGAUAUAAAAGAGAAUUGCGCAGAUUUCGGUCACAGACUGGAGCAACGGUGGGAAACACCAAUCACGUGAAUAAACAACAACAUCCAUGCCAUUGGAUAAAGUUGCACUGGCUUUGUGGCUUUGAAUACACACAAAAAUGCAGAAAGCAACAUACUACGAUAAUUCUGGACUGUUUGGAGGGUACACCUUCCCCAAACCAGACUCCUACAACUACGGCCCUGCUCACCAGUCCUACCCUGCGUCUAACAUCGAGAAUGACUACCAGGGCUCAGUGUGUCCCAUCCAGACCUCUGCUGUCCGGCCACCAACUCUCAAAGACAGUGACCUGAACGCGGACUGCAUGCGGCAAAGCAGCAGUCAGAGCAGCAGCAGCAGCAGCAGCCAGACCACCAGCAUUGGGGAGCAGCAGGCACCCCCACUGUCUGCAUCCUCUCCCAGCCCCAACAGCUCUGCACCCCAGAAGAAGAAAUCCCCAUCCAGCAGUGCUUCCAGCACUGCCACACCGACCCUCACUAAGCAGAUCUUCCCCUGGAUGAAGGAGACCCGGACAAACUCAAAGCAGAAGAGCAGCAGCUGCUCCAGUGCAGGUAGAGAUCAUGAUGCUGGCGAGGUGAGUGAUGAGAAGAGCCCACCUGGACCGGCUUCCAAGCGGGUCAGAACUGCUUACACCAGCGCACAACUUGUGGAGCUGGAGAAGGAGUUUCACUUUAACCGCUACCUGUGUCGCCCAAGGAGAGUGGAGAUGGCGAAUCUUUUGAAUCUCACCGAGCGUCAAAUAAAGAUCUGGUUUCAAAACAGGAGGAUGAAAUACAAAAAGGACCAGAAGUCUAAAGGGCUCGCACACUCUCCCCUGGGACACUCCCCGGACAGGAGCCCGCCGAUGAGUGGCCCAAAUCACAUUGGAUACUCUGGCCAGCUCCAAAACGUGAACAGCCUCAGCUAUGACGCACCCUCGCCCCCGUCCUUCGCCAAACCCCAGCAAAACAUGUACGGUUUGGCGGCGUACACGGCACCUCUGGGUGGCUGCAUCCCGCAACAGAAGAGGUACCCGGGCUCCGAGUACGAGCACCACGCCAUGCAGAGCAACGGCGGCUUUGCCAACGCCAAUUUGCAAGGCAGCCCCGUUUACGUGGGGGGAAAUUUUGUUGAUUCCAUGCCAGCCUCGGGCCCCAUGUUCAACCUCGGCCAUCUUCCCCACCCCUCAUCCACCAGUGUGGACUACAGCUGUGCCGCUCAGAUCCCAGGAAACCACCACCAUGGACCCUGUGAUCCCCAUCCCACAUACACAGACCUCACCUCUCACCAAGCGUCUCAGGGAAGGAUUCAGGAAGCGCCUAAACUCACGCAUUUGUAAUAUGUGGUUUCUGUGUGUGUGUGUGUGUGUGUGUGUGUGUGUGUGUGUGUGUGUGUGUGUGUGUGUGUGUGUGUGCGCGCGUGUCUGCGCGUGUG